AUGGAGAUAGCUCCGAAGGAGCAGGCGUAUGACAUGGUGAAAGCCAUGGCACAAAGAUGUGAAAGGAGUAAGCAAGUAGCGGCUGCAAUGCGUAAUGCCAUGGAAGGUCAUGCUCGAAAGAGCCAGAACGGCAGAUUACGUAAAGUUGAUCGCAGUCAUGAUGCUCGGCAAGUCCAAACCACUGUGAACACAUUGGAGGUGGAAGCAGUAAGCUCGAUGUCCGCGAUGCGACGGCUCAGCGGAGACCCGUCGGAAAGUGUUUCAAUUGUAACAAGGACAUCUGAGAAAGGACUGCACGAUGCCGAAGAAGAACGCUACUUUACUAAAUCGGCUCAGCAAGCAGAGCCGGCGAGAAUUUUUACCGCGUCCUUGAGGAAAUGGAUAUGUGGAGCAGUAGAGGUCGACAACAAGUGCGAAUUGGUCGGUGAACAAACGACCACGGAAGUGCAUCUUCUAGGCACUUCACGCAAAGCGUUGUUGGACACUGGCUCGCAAAUCAGCAUCAUACCACUGCAAGUACUCCAGGCAGCAUUGGAGUCCGGCUUUGACUUGGAUGCCGACGUCGAAGAAAUUCCGUUGGACCAGCAAAAGCAGGUAUUCGAUGCUUCGGGCAACAGAAUGUCCUUCAAAGGAGCGAUCAGACUGACGCUGCAGAUGAGCGACGGUAAGAAGCAGCGGAUCGCUGCCUUUGUCAUGGCUGGAGGAGACGGCAUGUUGGUGCUUGGGACCAAUGCACUGCGGCCACUUGGAUAUGACCUCACUCAGCGAAACUGCUCAGAGUCUGUGGCGCUACCUCCGAUCACGGUAGGCGAGCAGGUUCCGGUAAAUGAACGCGGAAAGAAAGCAAGAUGUCGGAGGAUGACUGCUGCGAAAAGGGUGUACAUACCUCCAGGACAGUCAAGAUCGGUACCUAUUCAAUGCAAGGACCUCACCCAAGGAGGAAUUUUCUGGUCUAAGGACCACUUACUUCCUGAUGUCGUAUGGGAAGGUGGAGAGAAGGCAGUUGAGGUGCCGGUAACAAACACCUUUGCAGGAGCAAAGAUCUUCCGACUGGGGGAGGAGGUGGGAAUCCUCGAACCCGCAAAAGUCGUUGAAGUCAAGCCUGUCACGUAUUCGGGAGAC